AAUUCACCAAUGUAAAAUAAAUGUUGCUGUCUACCCACUGAAAAGGCAUUCCUCUUAAUUGUGUACUUGGACAUUAGCAGGAUCAUCUGGGGUUCUAAAGUAUAAUAUUAGUUAGGAACUAUUACAUGUGCAUUCAUGUUUCAAAGGGAAUCUUCGUUGUCUCUUGUUAUAACAAUUUUGGAUAUCAUUCUCAUUGUAUUUCAAUCAUCUCUUGCACUUUAUAUCAAUAUGAGAGCGCUUAAAUAAAAUAACAAAAAGCCCAUUUAUAUCUAUAGGAAAUUGAAAUUACUCUUUGUUUUUUGCAAUACUUUUGAUAGAUUAGUGGCCCCAAUAAUAAAUUGUACAUUGAUCUUCAAAGAUGUAAUAACCCUAAUAUUUAGGAUUAAAAAGAAGCAAGAUCAGAUUAUUGUGUAGUUGAUGUCUUUGUCGCCAUAAUAAUCACAGCCAUCAUUUGGAAUUUUAUAGAGUAUUAUUUCUAUACCAUAGUCAAGGAUUUUGUGUUGAUACUUCAACGUUCUGGUACUUCCUAACCUUAUUUUAGAUAAUAGAUCAUAGCGUUAUUCAAAAGAUAAGUCAUUAAAGAAAGGCGACUCUAGUAAUUUGGCAAUUAUGUAUGAAGUUGUAGGCAUGAGACCAUUAAUAAAAAGAAGAGGAUAACAAGUUAUUGAUGCAGAUAAAAUUGAAUAAGGACAUCUUAAAUCAAGUCAAGAGGCUUAGAGGAUAUAUGCAUUGCCAAUUCAAUAGAAUCAGAGUAUAAGUUUAUUAAUUUUAAAUAGAUUUUUAAAUUUUAGGAUCAUCAUCUGGUUUAGUAGAAAUUGAUCUAAUAUAAUGA